AUGGAGGCUGGAGGAGCUCGUCUGCCUAACUCCGUACCUCAGCCCAGCAGGCAUGCAGCAGGUCGCGUACAUGGUAUUCUGUGCGUAAGAUACCCACCCAUCUUUGCGCGUGAGGUAGCAUCGGCGAGGUUUAGCUGCAUGGCCGACACCCUCCCUCUCGUCUCCAUGCGCUAUUGCCGUGGCAUCAACGGCCGCGGAGGUGGCAGGCUGUCAGACUAA